ACACACCAUGAAGAGAGUGAUUACCUAAGUGACGCGUGCUCCCCUGUGUGCAGGGGCCAUUUGCACCUGCAGAAGUGGGGUAUUCUGCUUCUGCAGCAUGCUUCUCUCUCUCUCUCCUACCCCACAGAAGCCCCUCUGCAAUGGCUCUAUAAAGGGUAUGGGUGAAGGGUUCCUGUGGAUUCUCCCCUGCCCAUACACAUGGGAGAAGGCAACAUCAAUUAAUACAGUCCAAACAUGUUUGAGCUGUUUCCCUCCUGUGAUGUGGAGCUCCUUUAUAGGAGAGCUCCAGAGACAGUCCCUGUAGAAAGCAUGUUUCCAGGGCCAAGCAGCAAAGUGGAAGCAAUGAACAGCAGUGUAGAUGUGUCCCUUGCCCUUUGAGGAUCUUUCAGGAUCUGUGGCCCAAUGGGAUGAAAUAUUCAAUUUAUUUCAGGGAGUAGGGGAGGGCAGAACUACAUUCACCUUUUUCCCCUCUCUAUAAAAUAACAAGAAGGAAACUCCAUGAGCUGUAACUUCCAAAGUUUCCUGCUGCAUGUUUGGAUUAUUUCCAUGUUGGAACUGAGACUUCAAUUCCAAUUUCAGAAUCUCGGUUGAGGCAUAAGCCAGCAAGUACACAGUUUUACUUGGAAAUCGCAGGCUAAAGUUAGGGAAAACAUUGCUUUACUUGUAAAGGGAGCAGAUUUGAUUUGUAGCCUUUGAGAGGCAGUAAGCAUGGAACCCCGAGAUGCCAUUUGUACAGAGUGUAAGGGGCACGUUAUUAAAUCUUUAGAAGCAAAAACGUUCAUAAUUACAAGUAUCUUUGCAUUUCUGUAUGCAGCUUUCUAACAUGCAUUGUUCAAAUGGGAAUGGGGUUUUAACUGUUUAUUCCCUUAUUCCCGUUUAUUUCUCUUGCUGAUUGUAAAACAUUGGGGAAAAAAGUGUAGAAAAAGUUGGAACAUUUUCCACCCGCUUUGAGAACUGCAAGCAGAAAGAGUACAGCGUGUGAGAAUUUAGACAGUUAGCAUUACUAUAAAUAGAUCCACAGUACAGUAUGCCUCAGAUUUUAUCAAAAGUAGCAAGCACUACGUACUGAGAAUGGAAUUUUGGUUUGUUUGCCUAAAACCACUCUUUCCAACACGCUAAUCUGCAAAGAAAACGUUAUUUUCAGUAAUGUGGGUGUGCAAUUUUCACCUGCAAGGAACUUCCCCUUUCUUCAAAGGGGCUGAAUAAAUGUUUUUGAGAACGUGCCUCCUGCAGUUGGCUUGUAUUUUUCACUUGGGUGGCCGAGCGCUUCAUUAAGUAGAAAGUGGUUGUAAUGAGUCAUUUUGUGACUUUUAGUGUCCUUGAUGUCAAACUUUGGACUAGGAAAAUGGAGAGCCUAGAUCUGUUGAGGAAUUGUUUGGUGUGCAAAUGGGAACUAAAGAGAAGAGAUCCCAGACUGCUGCCUUGUCUUCACUCCUUUUGUAAGGACUGUCUUCCAGAUUUGAUUCAAGGAUACAAUUACACUCCCACUGAACGUGAAGUUAUGUAUGAAGGUAUCCUCUCAUGUCCUGUGUGCAAACAGACGUGCUUCGCAGGCGAUGUAGUUGAAAAUUUCUUUCUCAAGGACUUUCCCACAGCAAAUCCAGCUAUGGCAAGGAGCUGUUCCACGUGUAAUGAGAAGAGACCUGCUCACAGUCUGUGUACUAACUGCAAUAAGUGGCUGUGCAGCUCAUGUACAGAGGAACACAGACAUGGCAAAGAAACUGGAGACCAUUUCCUGUCUGUCCCCCUGAAGGGCUCUUCAGGAACUGAAGGGGGAGCAAAUGAGUUUUCCUUGUUUUGCCCCAUACACUGUCAAGAGAGCCUUAAACUGUUUUGUGAGACCUGUGAUGUCCUUACUUGCCGCAACUGCCUUCUGACCGAACACAAGGAACACAGGUUCAUGCAUCUUGAAGAGGCUUUGCAGAAUCAGAGGGUUAUCCUAGAAAAUGUAACAGCCAAAGUGGAAGAGAGAAAAACUGGGAUGCAGGUCUCAGCUAAACAGCUUGAAGACAGGUUAUUUGAAGUAAAACAUUUGCACAGAAAAGUGGAAAAUCAGAUCAAAAUGGCCAAGAUGGUUUUGAUGAAUGAAAUCAAUAAACGAACAAAUGACCUUCUAGAGCAACUUGAGAGAAUUACCAGCGAGAGGAAACAGAAGUUGGAGCAACAACUUCAAGGCAUCAUGGUUUUAAACCGGCAGUUUGAACAUGUGCAGAACUUUAUCAACUGGGCAGUGUGCAGUAAAAACAGCAUUCCAUUCCUCUUCAGUAAGGAACUGAUUGUGUUUCAGAUACAGCAUUUGCUGGAGACAAAUUGUAGCACAGAAGUAGGCCCUCCUUGGAAGAUCAGAUUCACUUGGGACCCUUCUUUCUGGAGUAAACAAUUGUCCAAUUUAGGUGGCUUAACAAUGGAAGGUGGACACACUCCUCAUUCAGAUGUCCCAACCUUUGGAAAUGUACAAGGAUUACAGACAUCAAUGUAUCAUGGACAACAUUCGCCAGCACCACAGCUUGAGGCUAUCCAUAACCAGUCACAUCAGUUUCCACCUCCUGUUCAGUCUCCUGCACCAGCGUGUUGCUCCCAUUGCCUCAACAUCCCUCACAUGAAUAAGGGUCAGCGUCUUCAGCACAAGAUGAGCCGCGAUCAUCAGAAUUUUAGACAUCCUCUUGAAAUGCAGCAGCAGCCGCCACUGCAUUUCCCACUGCAAUACAACGUUCAGCAGCAUGAAAAAGAGCAGAGGGCCACACCUCAGCCUUUGAAAAUAAUGCAGCCUUGUCUACAGCAACCAUCCCAUUCAGAGCAGGAUAAUGUGUCUGUGAGGAUGGGAAAACGUUUGCAAGCUCAACAGCCACAGCAGACUCCACAUCCAGUUUACACGGUUCCCCCACAAGAUGUUCAUCAGGUUCACACUGGUCAUGGGCAACAAUUGCACACCCAGCCUGCUUUGCAGACUCCAGCUGUGCAAGUGCAGCUUGGUCAUCUUCAGAAGCUGAAGCUUAACCACAUGCAGCAGCAGCAACCACAGCCACUGCCUCCCCCAGCCAGUCAGAAUGAAAACGCUCAUGAACAAGUCAUACAACAGAGUUUGGACAUAAUGCACCACCAGUUUGAACUGGAAGAAAUGAAAAAGGAUUUGGAGCUUCUCCUUCAGGCUCAAGGGCAACCAAGCUUGCAGCUGAAUCAAGCCAAACAGCCUCAGCCUGUUCAGCAAACCAUUGUUGGACAGAUAAACUACAUAGUGAGGCAACCAGCCCCAGUUCAGCAGCAAAUCCAAGAUGAAGUGCAACAAGUUUGUGAGGAUUCUGCUGAACUAGAAAGUGAAAAGCCAGUGCUUCCUCUUGAUAGAAAUGUUAUUCCAGCUCCGUCACAACCAUUAGCUGAAGAAACCACUGUCAGCAGUCCCUCCUCAGAGAGCACCUUGCAACACCCCUCUUUGAAUCCAGUGAGGAAGCGUUCGGCUUCACUGAACAUUGUGGGCUUUUCAAACCCUUUAGAAAUGGAACAGUCUUCUACAAGGUUAUCUAGGUCAGUUGAUCCACAGAUGCAAGGUGUAUCUACUAUACCGCUCAACCAAUCCCAGAACAUGCUUCAUGCCUCUGAUGUGCAGCCAGAAUCUGUGCCUAGCUACAGCUUGGCAUUAGACAGAGCUACAAAUGACCUGAACCCUUGGACUACUGAUAACCUAGCAACAGGUGAUGUGCUCCUGGGGAACACUAAGUGCAAGCUGGAAAAUGAAGAUUUUAGUACCAUGAAUGACCCUCUUGGAAAUGACUCAGCCACUGCUGGACCGAACACCAUUAAUGAAUUAGCUCUUCCUAUGCAAAAAAUGCUAGAAGAGCCUAUUAAUCUUUCAGUCAAGAAAUCGCAACAGUGUGCCUCUCCUUCUGCACCCAUCAGCAGUGCUGCCUGCCUGCAGUUGACCAGUGUAAAACAACUUAGAAAUGAAGAAGAAUCCAUUAAUUAUGAAAAGGAACAUAUUGAGAUGGAUGUAAAAAGUAAUCAGAACAUCAGAGCUUAUACUAAAGAGCUGAAGAUCCCCUAUGUGCGAUUGGAACGCCUGAAAAUAUGUGCAUCAGAAUCUGGGGAGCUUCCAGUGUUCAAACUGCAGCCCCAGAAGGAUGACCAAGAUGAGACUUUCCUUCUGAUAAUUGAAUGUGGUACCCAGUCUUCAAGUAUGGCUAUAAAAGUCAAUCAAGAUAGUCUGCCUGAAGGACCGAUUCCCACAUAUGAAGAUAGGAAGUUCCCCAUCAGCCGCCCAGCAGGACCGGCACCAUCUGCUUUUGUAGAUAUCCCUCCUGUUGAUCACAAGCUUAGCAAUGGGAAUGGCAUUCCCAGCAUGAAAAAAUCUCUGCUCGCUCAGGAAGCCAAUCCGAUUGAGAAUGAGGAUUUCUGUGCCGUUUGUCUGAAUGGAGGAGAACUGUUGUGUUGUGAUCACUGCCCCAAAGUGUUCCAUCUCUCAUGCCAUGUUCCAGCUCUGCUCAGCUUCCCAGUGGGAGAAUGGGUGUGUACACUCUGCCGUAACCUGUCAAAGCCCGAGGUGGAGUACGACUGCGAAAACACACGCUACCGCCGUUGUAACAAAGGGGAGAGAGCACUGCAUGGCCUUGAUGACCUUGACCAGAAGAAAUGUGAAAAGUUGGUGCUUGCCCUGUUCUGCAGUAGCCUGAGCCUUCCGUUCCAUGAGCCUGUCAGUCCACUGGCUCGUCAUUAUUACCAGAUCAUCAAAAAGCCCAUGGACCUGUCAAUCAUGCGGAAAAAACUCCAAAAGAAGGACAAAUCACACUAUUCUGCACCAGAGGAGCUGGUAGCCGAUGUGCGUCUCAUGUUCUGGAACUGUGCAAAGUUCAAUUAUCCAGAUUCAGAGGUUGCAGAGGCUGGACGAUGCCUGGAAGUGUUCUUUGAGGGCAAGCUGAAGGACAUUUAUUCAGACAAGCAUUUUCCUUUGAUGCAACAAGAAGACUCUGAUUCUGAAGAAGUGGAAAGGGAGAAUAGCCAAAUGGCCCCCAAAGGGUUCCCAUGGCCAUCAUAUGGACAGGAGUGCAUUCAGCCUAAAAGGAGGCGACGCCAUGCUGAAAGUGAAAAAACUAAAAGAACGAUGUUUCAGCCAGCUAACAGCCUGCCUCAGGUGUGACCUGCCAGCGUUCUACUGGAUUUCCUGUGAGGAACCAAACACCUAGCAAAAUAACUGACAGAGUUAAGGUGUGUGGGAGGAAAACAAAGAAAACAUUCGGAUUGUUAACUUAAAACAUUUAUCAUCUGCUGACCACCAGCCUUACUCAAAGACUUGGGGAAUGAUUAAGAGAUUUGGGCAUUUUUAAUCUACCCAGUACUCUGCCUAUCUAAUUGCUUGUAUGUUUGCAGCAUUUACCCUGAAGUACUAAUGUUAUGGUGACAUAUAAUGAUGAUUAAUAAUAAAAGUAGAUGUUAAUAAUCUAUAAUACUUCUGUACAAUCUCAUAAUCUAUUUAAUACAAUCCUUCAUUUUAUAGAGCACAGCUAACCAUGUACUCUUGCAUCUGCAAUGCAAAUGUUGACCAUGAUGUAUGUUAAAUAUGGAGGCUAGUCACCAAAGACCAAAUCCUGCAGUCUUAUUCAGCAAUUUCUCUGGGAACUCUGACUGAGUUAGGCCUGCAGGAUGUAAUUAUCUGGUUAGUUGUUUCUUUUGAAGCAGCACAUUCUCAUGAAAUCAGAAAACAGCAUGUGCUAAUAUGCAGGGCUGUGUGAGAACUAUUUCUGAGUGCACAAUGGAUGCUCAAUUUGCAAAGAGUCACUGCACUUGUAUCUAAGUCAAUGCUUUGUAUUGCAUCGGGGAUCCCUUGAGUAUCAAAGGCAGUAAAACCAAAUCCUGUUGUGUCCUUUGAAAUGUGCAGUGGAGUUUGCCAUAUUAAUGACAAAGCAAUUAUAUGGUUAUAGAAGUGCCUAUAAAAUAAAGUGGUAUCUCGUUGA